GGACCCUAGGACCACGAGCCUGCCGUGAGACGUCCCGGCCCCCAGCGAAGCUCAUCUGCCCAGCUUUGGGGGCUGCGGGGGCUACGGGCGCGCGCCACGGCCCGCUGGUAAUGGACGGCCUGGAGAAGACUUGGCUCGGCCGCGUCCAUGUUUGCCGGAGGGUUUAAAGUCCCUGGAGGAUGACCUAGCACUUCGCAACCCCACCGGCCUCCCCUGGGCCCCCGAGGACACGCCGGCCCGACCCGGAGCUGCCAGGCCGGGUCGCAUUGAAACUUGCGGCGCUGCGCACCGUUGGGUAUCAGGGCCUCGGACCAUCGCUCCUCUUGAACUCACGUUUAGUACAAUCGUUUCUUUUCGAAGAAGGGUUUUUCUUUUGCGUUUUUGUUGACUUUUUUUUUUUUUUGAGAAGGGAAUUUGGGGCGGGGGCGGGCGGGGGGACAAAAAGAAGGACCGCUCACCGGGGCAUCCAUAAAGGGGAUAAGGUACUGCCGGCGGCGCGAGUCGGAGACCUUGGGUCCAGGAUGGAUGUGGCAGACCCGCAGCAACUGGGCAUGUUUACAGAGGGCGAGCUGAUGUCGGUGGGAAUGGACACGUUCAUCCACCGCAUCGAUUCCACCGAGGUCAUCUACCAGCCCCGCCGCAAGCGCGCCAAGCUCAUUGGCAAGUACCUGAUGGGGGACCUGCUGGGGGAGGGGUCCUACGGCAAAGUGAAGGAGGUGCUGGACUCGGAGACGUUGUGCAGGAGAGCCGUCAAAAUCCUCAAGAAGAAGAAGUUGCGGAGGAUCCCCAAUGGGGAAGCCAACGUGAAGAAGGAAAUUCAGCUACUGCGGAGGUUGCGGCACAAAAACGUCAUCCAGCUAGUGGACGUGCUUUACAAUGAGGAGAAGCAGAAGAUGUAUAUGGUCAUGGAGUACUGUGUGUGUGGCAUGCAGGAGAUGCUGGACAGCGUGCCUGAGAAGCGGUUCCCUGUGUGCCAGGCUCAUGGGUAUUUCUGCCAGUUGGUGGAUGGCCUGGAGUACCUGCACAGCCAGGGCAUUGUGCAUAAGGACAUCAAGCCGGGCAACCUGCUGCUCACCACCAGUGGCACACUCAAGAUCUCUGACCUGGGUGUGGCCGAGGCCCUGCACCCUUUCGCUGAGGAUGACACAUGCAGGACGAGCCAGGGUUCCCCAGCAUUCCAGCCGCCUGAGAUUGCCAAUGGUUUGGACACCUUCUCCGGCUUUAAGGUGGACAUCUGGUCGGCUGGGGUUACACUAUACAACAUCACAACAGGCCUGUACCCCUUCGAGGGGGACAACAUCUACAAGUUGUUUGAGAACAUCGGGAAGGGGGACUACACGAUCCCAGGCGACUGCGGCCCUCCACUCUCGGACCUGCUGAAAGGGAUGCUGGAAUAUGAGCCAGCCAAGAGGUUUUCCAUACAACAGAUCAGGCAGCACAGCUGGUUCCGGAAGAAGCACCCGCUGGCCGAGGAGCUGGUGCCCAUCCCACCAAGCUCGGACUGCAAGGACCGGUGGCGUGGCAUGACUGUGGUGCCCUACCUGGAGGACCUUCACGGCUGCGCUGACGAUGAGGGGGAGGAGGACCUCUUUGACAUCGAGGACGACAUCAUCUAUACUCAGGACUUCACGGUGCCUGGACAAGUCCCAGAAGAGGAGGCCAGUCAGAACGGACAGAGUCGGGGCCUGCCCAAGAACAUGUGCAUGAAUGGCACCGAUUCAGUGCCGCUAAGCACCAGAUCGAGGGCAGAGCGCCGGGCCAGUGCCGCCUCCAACCCUGCCCGCAAGGCCUGUUCUGCUAGCGGCAAGAUCCGUCGGCUGUCAGCUUGCAAGCAGCAGUGAGGGCGGUCGGCCAAAGCCCGUCUCGGAGAGCCCUGGCCGAGUGCCAUGGCCCAGGUCCUCUUCAGUCUUCCCAACGACUGCUGGCUCACCGCUGACCGCACAGGAAGGCCACCGCCACACCCUUCGUACUGACUGCCCCUCAGGAAGCUGGGGGGAAGUUCUGGAGGGCUGUUGCUGGGGACAGCAGAGACUGGGGUCUGUUCCCCCUCCCCCAUCGUGGGCAGUGGAUACAACCUCCUGUUAACUUUGCAAUCCUGUGCUAGGCCCCUUUCCUGGCCAAGGGAGGGUGAGGCCAGGCCAUGGGCCCUGCACAGACCUCGCCGUGCACUUUACGUUUAGACUACUGGUUCUCACCGACUUUUCUUUACUUUGCUACAUGUUAGCACCUCCCAUACCUAGUCAUGUGUUCAAACAAACUGCAGCCCAUCAGGGGUGAACGGGCCUGCCCACCGAGACGCAUGCCCAGUGCCCGUGGGAGCCAGGUGGCUGCCUUUUGGUUGUUUGGUUGGUUCCUUUUUUUUUUUCUUUUUUUUUUAAGAAAAAAUAAAACAGGUCAAUUUGAGCUGUGGUUGUGAGGGGUGUUUGGGAAUUGUCGGGUGGCAGGACGUGCUAUCAGGUGGGUUAUCUGAGUCUGUACCUGGGGCCCCCUAUGGACCCUAGAGUGCAUGGGCUGGCCUCCGUCUUCAGGUCUUGCUGACAGCCUGGGGGCCUGCCUUUGGCCACACUGGCCCUCUAUGCUCUCCAAAGCUCAACACACCCUUUGGCUUAGCUCCUGGGCCUACAGCUCCACAGUGCAGGGCCAAGUGUGACUGCAGGACCCUGACCCUUUCCCCCAACGCCUCUGAACCUAGAUUCCCAGAGAAAACCCAGAGCAAGCAAGAGUAUGCAGUAAAUAUUUAUAAUCAACCAUUAAAACAACAAGAAAUUCCAUCACUGUAUGGUACACAGACUGCAGGAAGCUUUGAGGGAUGGGGCGGGGUGGCUCAGCUGCCCCAUCUUUUGGCAAUAAAUAAAGCUUGGGAAACUUGAAA